CACUCUCAGACCUGGAAGUACAGAAUGAUGACAAGCUCUUCAUUUCCUACCUUCUUCUUCAUUAUAAUUACCUUUACCAUAAAACUGAAGUUUGCCACUGCUGGUGUUAGUGUCAAAGACAUAGAAGGUAAUAUUUUGAAUAUUACAAACAAGUACAUCAUUUGGCAUAACAUCCCAAUGGCAGGUGGCACCGGACUUACAGUUCCUAGCGAUGAGGUGAACAACCUACUUGUUAUCGGAUCCAAUCCCUUGCCGGUAACAUUUACAAAAUCUAAUAGAGAAAAGGUAAUCCUUACAGAUGAUAUUUUAACGAUCAAUUUCACCAAUAUUCCAAUGUAUAAUGGUUCUUCUUCUUGGAUUGUUGACUAUAAAGAAUCAACCCAUGUGUCGUAUGUAGCUGUUGGCAGUGCUAAAGAUUACCCUGGUCAUCAAAUUAAGACGGGGACUUUCAAAAUUGAGCCUUGUGAUGAGGCCUACAAGCUUGUUUUUUGUAGUGAUGCCAAUAACUCAUCUUGCAAAGAUGUUGGGAUAUAUGCAGAUAGUGCUGACUAUAAACAUGUAGUUCUUGGUGGAGGUGUAAUGUUAGUUAGAUUCCAAAAGCAUAACAUAUGA